AUGCACAAUGACGAGUGGCUGAGGACUAUUAAUGGGCGCAUCCACAUCGGCAUACGAUCGGUUCAGAAAUUCACGGUCCGGGGCGACACGGCAUGGCGAGUAGAGAAUGCGUGCAGUGACCGUAACAGCGAAGAUAGUGUCACCUCUAAAGAAGACAAGGCCAUGUGGCAUCCCGGAGCCGAGGAUGAGCUCCUUAUUAGCACUGUGAUUGAAUCAGACGAUGACUUCUACUGGCGAGCCAAACAAUGGGGUGAGCGAAUAUUCAAUAAUGACUACAUGACCUUGCGCGCACUGCAGCUUCUAUUCAGUGUAAGCACCGAUCUGAACUUGUCCGUUUACUAUACUUGCGGCCGCGACCUUCCGCUCUUUCCGUGA